GGCUGCAGCGGCGGCGGCGGCAGCAGUAGCGGCAGCGGCGACGGCGGCGGCGGCAGCGCUCCAACUCGCUCCUCGCUCCGGGCUCCGCCGUCGAGCCGGGGACAGAGCCUCCGCCAGCAGCCAGGCAGCGGGCCGGACGACGCCAGAGACCGGGGCCCCUCGGCGGCACCGCGCUCAUCCAGGGGCGGCACAGUCACCCAGACCCGAACUCCAAGAUGGGAGGCAAGCUGAGCAAGAAGAAGAAGGGUUACAGUGUGAAUGAUGAGAAAGCCAAGGACAAAGACAAGAAGGCUGAGGGAACAGGGACAGAAGAGGAGGGAACCCCGAAAGAGAAUGAGAUCCAGGAGGCUGCAGAGACCACCGAGGUGAAGGGGGGUGAGGAGAAGCCGGAGAAGCUUGCCCAGGACGCUGCGAACAAGACCGAAGAAAAGGAAGGGGACAAAGACACAGCGGUGGCCAAGGAAGAAGCUCCGAAGGCAGAGCCCGAGAAGAUGGAGGGAACAGCGGAGGCCAAACCCGAACCCCAGAAGGAUACGGAGCAAGAGCAGGUCGCAGCCUCUGCCCCUGCUGCCGGCGGUGAGGCCCCUAAAGCUUCCGAGGCCGGUGCUGACGCCAAGGUGGAAACCACAGCGCCCGCUAAAGGGGAUGACAAGAGCAAGGAGGAAGGGGAACCCAAACAGACUGAGGCUCCCGCAGCUCCAGCCACCCAGGAAACGAAAAGCGACGGGGCCCCAGCUUCAGACUCAAAACCUAGCAGCACUGAGGCUGCCCCAUCUUCCAAGGAGCCCGCGGCAGCCACGGAAGCACCUAGUUCUACACCUAAGGCCCAGGCCCCUGCUGCUCCAGCGGAUGAGGUUAAACCUGCGGAGACCCCGGCAGCUAAUUUGGAUCAAACCGUAGCAGUGAAAGAGUAACAAGGACAGCCUAUGGAAAAAAAAGAAAAAAAAAAUACCACAUUUAAAAAAAAAACCUGUUUCUCUCUCUCAUUCUCUCUCUCUCUUUCUCUCUUUCUCUCUGCUAUACUAACUCGUUUCAAUUUGGAAGUAAUGAUAUGUAUUGCCCAAGGGAAAAAAAAAAGGAUGUUGUCCCAUUAUGGGAGGGAGGGGGUGGGGAGAAUCCAAAUAGUAUUUUUGUGGGGAAAUAUCUAAUAUACCUUCAGUCAUCUUUACCAUUAAGUCCUGGAUUUUAACGCUAACUGUCUGAAAGUACAGGACACCUCCUGUACCUGAACUUCUGUCACACGCCCGCUGCCGCUAAGAUCGGAAUAGCUUUUCUGCAAUGGGGGUCGGGAGCGAUGUUUGAUUCUGCCCACAGGGCCUGUGCCAAGGCAAUCAGAUCUUUAUGAAAGCAGUAUUUUCUGUGUUCUCUUUUUAAUUUACAGCCUUUCUUAUUUUGAUAUUUUUUUAAUGUUGUGGAUGAAUGCCAACUUUCAGACGGAGCCCACUUAGCCUGUCCACCUGUAUCUCAAGGCCAAUCCUCCAUCCUUCCUCUCCAGAUAUUUUUGGGAGUAAGAAACAUUCUCUCAUCCUACUUAGCCUACCUAGAUUCCUCAUGACGAGUUAAUGCAUGUCCGUGGUUGGGUGCACCUGUAGUUCUGUUUAUUGGUCAGUGGAAAUGAAAAAAAAAAAAAAAAAAAGUCUGCGUCAUUGCAGUUCCAGUUUCUCUUUCAUUCGGUGUCACAGACACCAACACACCACUCAUUGGAAAAUGGGAAAUACAAAUAAAAAAAAUACAAAAAAA